GUGUUUUUCAUGGACAAAGCCCUGCUUCAUUGUGGACCAAAAGACAAUGGUGUAUAAGUGUGUAUAACAUGAAGUAAUCUAGGAUUUUUAAUGAUUCUGGAGAUUAUUUAUUUCAUGUUACCUGAAGAAGAUGGAGGUGAGGUUCAAAGACCCGAAGGCAGACAUGGAGGAAAUGACGAUAUGGGAGCAGCACACGGUGACGCUAAACAAAGAUCCCAAAGUCGGCUUUGGUUUUGCUAUUUCGGGUGGGAGGGACAAGCCAAACCCAAGCAAUGGAGACACAGCUGUGAUCAUAUCUGAUGUGGUGCCUGGCGGUCCAGCUAUGGGCAGACUACAGACACGGGAUCAGAUCGUCAUGGUGAAUGGGGUGUCAAUGGAGAACACGACCUCACAUUACACCAUUCAGCACCUCAAGGGCUGUGGCAAAACAGCCAACAUUACAGUGAAGAGGCCUCGCACAGUUCAGGUACCAGUCAGUGGCAGACCCACACGAGCUUCCUCACAAUCAAACCUGCUGGACGAUCGCUAUGAGCGGAAACCUCGGCAAGGGUCAGACUCGGGGUACGGGCGGCGUCCUCGGAGUACAACACCUGAACGCAACGGCCACGACCUGGCACUUAUGUCCGGCUACAAGAGACUGCCCAAUCAGGAUGCUCCAGAUAAACCCAUCAGAGCCACGCUAGUGAAGCUGAAACCUACAGACGAGUACGGGAUGAAGUUAGGGAGUCAGAUUUUUAUCAAGCACAUGAGUCCCACUGGUCUGGCUGCUAAAGAAGGCACACUGCAAGAGGGAGAUCUUGUUCUCAAGAUUAAUGGAAUGACUACAGAGAACCUUUCCCUGCUGGAGACCAAGCACCUGGUGGAGAAGUCGAGGGGUAAACUCUCCAUGGUAGUGCUAAGGGACAACAGAAAGUUCCUGGUCAGUAUCCCUGAGGUGAAGGACAGCCCUCAGAACAGUACUGAGGAGAGGAGUGGAGGCAGCAGCUCAGAGCUGGAGGAGAUUUCUGAUCUGGAUACAGACAGCCCUGUUCGGCAUCGAACGUCUCGCACAGCGAACCGAGAACGUCGCACACGAAGAACCCGGAAUGAAGUUCCUCCUUCCUCAAAAGCUCGUGAUUCACCCCACCUGCGCUCCAACAAGACACAGCCAACUUCCUAUGCAAUGCCACGACGCAGAGUCUCAUCGGAGUCAGAAUCAGACCACAGCAAAUCUCCUUCUCCGGCUAAACAUGACAGCCUUGACAGCAAAGACCGGUACAGAGUGCUCUCAGGAGUAUCAGCGCUGCCUAAUCCUCGAGCUUCUCCUGUAACUAACUGGAAUGCUCCUCGCAGCUCCUACUCAUUACCCCGUCCACGCAAAGCGGUUUCAGAGUCUGAUUCAGACCGCAGUGCAUCUCCACCCCCAAGACGGGAGAGUCCCAGGACUGACAAUCAGUCCAGAUACAAGGUGCUCCCUGACCUUCCCCAAGCUGGCUUGAAGUCAUCCUCCCGCAGCCGUUCCCUGGACCUGCUCAGCCACAAUCCCUCCCCUUACAGACCCCCACCACGAGAUGAGUCAGAGUCAGGGUCAGAUGGAAGUUCAGGAGCAGCUCUCAGACCAGGAACGCUGUCCAGCCAGGACUCGCGCAACAGAUACAGGGCCACACCCGAGAUAGCGCUAGCACCCAUGGUUGCAUCCCCAAAAUGGUCAAAACCCUCAACACCCAUCAGGAGAGCUCCAUCAGAGUCUGAGUCAGAUGCAAGUUAUCCAGCGGUUCCCAGUCCGGUCCCAAACACCUCACGUACAAACGAUGUUGUUGCUCAAACUCAAGUGGCACCGGUUAAAAACAAACCAGAGUUUCGUUACAGAUCCUCCUCACCUCCCAGACCUCCAUCUGACCACACUCGGUCUGAUAGAGCACUUUCGGCACUCAGGAGAUCAGGCAGCAGCGAUCAUGACAGCAAUCAUAGUUUGCCAGAAGCAGACAGCACCCUUCGAUCUGAUUUAUCAAGAUCCAACCGCAGCAGGAUGAAUGCCAUGCCUGUAGAAGAGCCUCUUUACUCCCUCCCACCUGAUGCAGGUUCUACACCGAACCUGGGCUACAGCUCAGACCAAAACAGGGUGGGAUUUGUUAAAGAGAGCAAUUUAGGUCUCCGUCUUAUAGGGGGCAAUGACGUGGGCAUCUUUGUCGGAGGCAUCCAGCCUAACAGCCCUGCUCAGAGAGAGGGCAUGAGAGAGGGGGAUCAGAUACUGCAGGUCAAUGGGGUUGACUUCACUCACUUCACUAGAGAAGAGGCCGCCAUGUUCCUUAUGAACAUUCGUUCUGGGGAACGCAUUGACAUGCUCACUCAGAAUAAAAUGGACCUUUAUAAGAAGAUCCUGAAGUCCAACCUUGGCGAUUCCUUCUACAUCCGCACCCACUUUGACUACCAGGCAGAAGAGAGUCAUGGCCUAGGCUUCACCCGGGGAGAGGUUUUCCGUGUGAUCGAUACAAUGCACCGUGGGAAACUGGGAACUUGGCUGGCUGUUCGAAUGGGAACAAAUCUCUAUGAGUUAGACAAGGGCACUAUACCCAACCAGACCAGAGCUGAAAAUCUAGCCCUAGUCGAGCAGACUCAGAGGAUCCAACUGGCAGAACGCCAGGCCUCAGCUCCCAGGGCAGAGUUUUGGAAGCUACGAGGUCUCCGAGGGGCCAAGAAGCCUGUCCGAAGAACACGGGAUGACCUUCUUCAACUGACCAUCCAGGGCAAGUUUCCAGCAUAUGAGAAAGUUGUGCUGAGGGAAGCCAACUUUAAACGGCCGAUUGUCGUCAUGGGCCCCUUGAAUGACAUAGCAAAUGAGAAACUGGCCAAAGAAAUGCCGAAUGAAUUUGAGGUGGCAGAAAUGGUGUCCAGGGGUGGUGGAGAUGCACCGUCUGUCAUUAAGUUGGACACAGUAAAAAGAAUAGCAGAGCAGGAAAAGCACCCUCUAUUGGACAUCACACCCACUGCAGUGGAGAGACUCAGUUACAUCCAGUAUCACCCUAUAGUGCUGUUCCUGGAGCCGCAUAGCCGCAAGGAUGUGAAAGUUAUGAGACAGAGAUAUGAUCCCAGUUCUAAGAAAAGCUCACGAAAACUGUACGCUCAAGCCUUAAAGCUUAAGAAACAAUACUCCAACCUUUUUGCUGCACACAUCGAUCUGCAGCCCACUUCAAAUGUGUGGUACGAAAUUCUUAAAGAGAAGAUUCGGCAACAGCAGUCGAAGCCUGUCUGGGUCUCAGAAGUGAUGUUGGAGGAAGGUGCCAAUGAGGACCUGGAUGUGCUCAACCAUAAUGAAUCCUCAGACUACCUCAGUGGUGCCAGUGAUUAUGAGGACACAGACGGUGAGCCCUACACUGAUGGCGAGGCUUACACAGAUAACGAGGACCUGGAGGAGCCGACCCAACAAGGCCCAAUGUUGCGCCGCAGCUCAGCACUGGCUCGAUCCUCAGAACCAGCCAGACGGCAGACGCCUAGCCCUGAGCCUGAGCCAUACUAUGAAGAGGGGGAGGAGGCAGAGCCUGAGUACACUCUACCCCCUCCCGUCCGCUAUACCCCUGAGCCUCAAGCCUCACAAUUGGAGAAUGAAGCAUUGCCAGCAACGCACAGUUUUACAGAUUCAGACGGCGAGCCUGACCUCCCUGUCACACCCUCCUCAGAUGGACCUCCAGUAUUUAGGGCUCCAGAUCCCACAGCGUUCCCUAGCGAGAGCCCACCUCCUGUCACACUGUCUGCCAUAGAGCAGAAACUAGAACAGGCACGCAGGGCAAAUUCACCCAAGGCCCCUUUGGUUGUGGUGGCACAUCGUGAAGCAAUGAUGACACGAAGGACCCAGAUCAGAGGCAGCGACAGUUCAGAUGACAAUGAUGACUAUAAUGAUGAUGAAGAAGAAUCUGAUGACACGGAAUGGGGUCCUGCCACAGAGCUCUAGUGCACACAACCUUGAAGACACAUGGACUGACACGUCUGUGGAAAUAAUGUGAAAAUCCUUUUAUUUUACUUUUAUUGACCUAUACUCAUGGACAUGUUCUGAACACUCUUACCACUGGACUGUAUUGCAUACCCUGGGGUUCUUUUAAACCCUGUACUAUCGGAAGUGUUCACGCCCAAUGUAUAUUUUACCCGCUGUAUUACAUUACAGCUCUGUCUUUUCUUUUUUUUUUUUUUUAACUUGAACUGUUUUAAAAUAAAU